CGCCCUACAAGUCUGUGCCUCCUACAUGUAUGACUGCAUUGCAAUUCAGGAUGCCUGAGUCACUUCUAGAAGUAUACAAAUAGAGACGGAAUUGCCACUUUAUAUCUACAAUACAACUACAAGAUGGGCUCGAUCACAGAAAACACCCUGGCAUUGCCUGUGAGGCAAAAGGAUGGCGUUAAGUUUGGAAAAGAGCUCAGGGAGAAGGACUUCAUGUUUGAAAAGGGCUACUUGAAUCUCAAUCAUGGCUCUUUCGGGACCUACCCCCGCUCUGUCCGCGACACCCUGCGCUCCUUCCAGGACGCCGCGGAAGCGCGCCCCGACGACUUCAUCCGGUACAAGUACCCAACCCACCUGAACGCCUCCCGCGCCGCCAUCGCCGACCUCAUCAACGCACCCCCCAAAACCGUCGUCUUCGUGCCCAACGCCACAUCCGGCGUCAACACGGUCCUGCGCAACCUGGCCUUCGAGGACGGCGACCACAUCCUGUACUUCGCUACCAUCUACAGGGGCUGCGACUUGACCGUGCAGUACAUCACCGAGACCACGCCUGCGCAGAGCGCGCGCGUCGAGUACACGUACCCCGUGGAAGACGACUGGCUCGUCGAAGCGUUCAAGCAGAAAGUGCGCGAUGUGCAGCGUGCGGGCGGCAGGGUCAAGGUGGCCAUCUUCGACACCGUGGUGAGUAUGCCGGGCGUGCGCGUCCCGUUUGAGCAGCUCACGGCGGUGUGCAAAGAGCUGGGCGUGCUGAGCUUGGUGGACGCGGCGCACGGCGUUGGGCAUGUGGAACUGGAUGUGGGGAGGUUCGAUCCCGAUUUCCUGACGAGCAAUUGUCACAAAUGGCUCCAUGUGCCCCGUGGCUGUGCCACGCUGUACGUGCCAGUGCGCAACCAGCACCUCAUCCGCUCGACCCUGCCCACGUCCUGGGGCUUCAAGAACCUAGACUUAGUUCCCAAUACUGUCGACCCCAAAGGCGCGUUCGGCGGCACCGUUGACUCGGAGUUCGUUGGCAACUUCGAGUUUGUCGGCACCAUCGAUAGUUCGCCCUACUUGUGCAUUCCGAAAGCACUGGAAUGGCGCAAGAGCAUCGGCGGCGAAAAAGUCAUCAUGGAGUACUGCACGAAGCUUGCUCAGAACGCGGGACAGCUUGUUGCCAAGGCGCUGGGCACGGAUAUGCUGGACAAUAAGACGAAGACGAUGAGCCAGUGCUGCAUGUCGAUGGUGCGCUUGCCGGUCGAUGCUGAGAGGGUGCAGCAGGUGAGCGAGAAAGCGGGGCUGGACAAGGCGGUUGCAGGGAAAGCAGUCACCACUUGGUUGCUUGAGACGAUGUGUAAGGACUACAACACGUUCUUGCAGACGCUGUACUACGAUGGUGCGUGGUGGGCGAGGUUGAGUGGGCAGGUCUACCUCGAGCUCAGUGACUUCGAGAGUGUGGUAGCCCCGUUGAAAGAGCUGUGCGAGAGGGCGAACAAAGGCGAGUGGGCUUAGCCUGUCGGAAAGGAGUGAUGCAGUAGGCCAGUAGGAAAAAAAUUGACCGGCUUACUUUAGAA